CUCACGCCGCGUCUCCCGCGGCCGCGGGGGCUUCUUGGGGUCCUCACACACCUUGCCCUGCCAGGACCUGAGUGGAGGCUCCCCGCGGCCCAGCCGCGUCCGGUCCUGAGCGGUUCCAUGAUGUGGGGUGCAGGCAGCGCCAAUGUGAGCAGUGUGGACCCAGCAGAGGAACCCACAGCCCCAGCUACACUGCUGCCCUCUCCCAAGGCCUGGGAUGUGGGGCUGUGCAUCUCAGGCACCCUGGUGUCCUGUGAGAACGCACUGGUGGUGGCCAUCAUCGUGGGCACGCCCGCCUUCCGUGCCCCCAUGUUCCUGCUGGUGGGUAGCUUGGCCGUAGCAGACCUGCUGGCAGGCCUGGGCCUGGUCCUGUACUUUGCCGCUGUCUUCUGCAUUGGCUCGCAAGAGAUGAGCUUGGUGCUGGUUGGCGUGCUAGCAAUGGCCUUUACUGCCAGCAUUGGCAGCCUGCUGGCCAUCACUAUAGACCGCUACCUUUCCCUGUACAACGCCCUCACCUAUUACUCAGAGACAACAGUAACCCGGACCUAUGUGAUGCUGGCCCUGGUGUGGGUGGGUGCCCUGGGCCUGGGGCUGGUUCCUGUGCUGGCCUGGAACUGCCGGGAUGGCCUGACCACCUGUGGAGUGGUCUAUCCACUCUCCAAGAACCAUCUGGUGGUCCUGGCCAUCGCCUUCUUCAUGGUGUUUGGCGUCAUGCUGCAGCUGUAUGCCCAGAUCUGCCGCAUCGUCUGCCGCCAUGCCCAGCAGAUUGCCCUCCAACGACACCUGCUGCCUGCCUCUCACUACGUGGCCACCCGCAGGGGCAUCGCCACGCUGGCUGUGGUGCUUGGCGCCUUUGCUGCCUGCUGGUUGCCCUUCACUGUCUACUGCCUCCUGGGAGACGCCGACUCUCCGUAUCUCUACACCUAUCUAACCCUGCUCCCGGCCACCUACAACUCCAUGAUCAACCCGGUCAUCUACGCCUUCCGCAACCAGGACGUGCAGAAGGUGCUGUGGGCCAUCUGCUGCUGCUGCUCUACUUCCAAGAUUCCCUUCCGGUCCCGGUCCCCUAGUGAUGUCUAGUUUCAUCCUGGUGGUUGUGUGGCUUUGACUACUACAGAAUUUCAGAAUAUCAGGCCCACCAGGGCUUAGUCCCAAACUCCCAGCUCCACACCCUUAAGACCCAGCUGGUUCUGGAGUUCUAAGACAUUGGGUGUUUUAGGAUUUUGUUCAAGAUUCCGUCAGGGCCCCAGCCCAGCUGGCUGCAUGGUUCUAGAAUGUUCCAGAUGGUGGUUCCAAGUGGUUUGCAAUUCCAGAAUGCUGGGAAUUUUACAGCACCAUUCCAAGUCCAUGAUCUUCCUUCCCUGAAACUUGACCUUGACCAUGUCACUUUAGUUUUGAAUUUUGAAAGUUCAGAAUUCAGAGAGGUUAAUCACUUAGUUGCCUACAGGAAAGAUUUAUCACUCUAUAUGUGAACAUACAAAGAAAGUAUAUUUAUUUAUUUAUUAUGUAUUUAUUUAUAAAUUCACUUAUGGGUGAUAAGGGAAAAAAAGAGACCCACACUUUGAAAUCUAGUAUGUGCCAGGGUGUCCUCAGCCCCCUUGUCCCUGUUUUUGACCUCAGUUCCCAGAGUGGGGAUGGAGAAAGAAAAACAAUGUAUUUUGUUAUUUUUGCUUAUUUUUUAUCAGAGAGAUCAUAGAAACCAGAGCCUCCUCCCCAGGCCCGCAUUGCUCGGGUUUGCAGGAGGAACACACCAGCCUCUGGUUUUUUUAAUUUUUUAAGAAGCCAUCACCUGAGUAACCGAGAAUUCCUCUGCGCUGAGGCCCGGCCUCCCUCUGGUGGCCAUUUGGGGGAAUUGCAACCGACGAGGUAGUCGGGACUGUAAAACGCACCCCCAUCUCUUCAGCCUGGCUUUCAGCGCCACAGCCAUGGCCUGGGGGCCAGGCCUCUUACCCUGAGGUGCCCUAGAGGAUGCGGGACAAGAGCCAAUACCCCACCCCUCUGCCAAUAGGGGUACGGUCCCCAGUGCAUUCCUGCCCAGUUCCCAACUCUACUCAAUAAAAAACGAUUUUUUGAUAAA